AUGGAUGGAGCCGAAUCUGUGCGGUCUGGCAAGAGUGACCGCUCAGAACGGUCACACCGUAGUCAUGGCAGCAUGCAUCACCGCCAGCACCACCACCGCCAACCCAGCAACCGUCCACAUCGCAGCCAGAGCCGUGACAAAGUGCGUGGUGGAGAGGAACGGGAAGAUGACCGAGCAGUCCAGAUAAGAGACCCUCGCAUCGGCUCUGGAGAAGAGGGAUGCGAGGAACGCAUUGAGGUACAGAUCCUCCCCCAGGAUGACAAUUGGGGGGACAACACGACGGCUAUCACUGGCAACACUAGCGAGACGGCUUUCUCCAUGGAAGACAUGCACAAGUUUUCAAAAGAGCUUGAUGACAAUCUUAGCUUCGAUUGUACACGUUAUGUUGGAACAAUUUUAGCUGGUGUUCUUAGCUUAUUUGGCUUUGCUUCUCCCAUCAUUAUGGUUAUUUUGCCUAAGUUAGGGAUAAAGAAUUGGGAUGCUGGACCCUGUAAACCUGAAUGCGAAGGAUUGCUAAUCAGUUUUACAUUUAAGCUUAUCAUACUGCUGAUGGGUACAAUGGCAUUAUUUUUCCGCCAUCCCAAGGCCACGAUGCCUCGUGUGUAUGUCUUCCGUGCCGUUGUUCUUUUUCUUGUCUUUGUUCUAACAUUUGCAUUUUGGCUUUUCUAUGGUGUCCGCAUCUUCAAGGAGAAAAAGACCGAAUACUACAAUAUUGUCCAGUUUUCUGUUUCUCUGGUCGACGCCCUCCUCUUCAUUCACUACCUGUCGAUCAUUGUGUUGGAGAUUCGGCAACUCCAGCCACAGUUUGUCAUUAAGGUUGUGAGAUCGCCAGACGGCAUGAGUCAAAAUUAUAACAUUGGUAUUUUGAGUAUCCAAAGAGCUGCUGUGUGGGUGUUGGAGAACUACUACAAGGACUUUCCUGUUUUUAAUCCUUACUUGGAAAAUGUGCACCGGCGGUCGGCAAAGCAGACCAGCUUAAAGAUAUACGAUGUUGACGGUGUCAACUCGGCUGGACAGCAAGGUCGACAGAGGGCUGUCUUUGCUCCCAAUAGCAGGAGGAGAGACACGAGUCACAACGAGCGAUUCUACGAGGAACAAGAAUAUGAAAGACGUGUGCGGAAACGGAGAGCUAGACUUAUUAUGACAGCUGAGGAAGCAUUUACACACAUUAAGAGGAUGCAAGAUGAACAAGGACCGGCCAUUCCCAUGGAUCCUUAUGAAGCUGCUCAGGCUGUGUUUCCAUCGAUGGCUCGAGCCUUACAGAAAUAUCUGCGUAUCACCCGACAACAGCCACGUUACACAAUGGAAGCUGUGCUGCAACACUUGGCCGUGUGUAUCAGUCAUGAUGUUGGCCCAAAAGCUUUUGUUGAAAAAUACCUCACCCAGGGUGCUGUUAUCAUGAACGACAAAGAUUACAAGGGGGUAGAGAAGUGGGUACUUGUCUGCGACCAUUUGCUGACUCGUGAGAUAGAACAUGGCUUCAUAUUUCAACUUCGGCAUGGUGAUCUCUCCCUUCUUUGUUCAGUCCACAAACUUCCACAUUUCAGUUUGACUGAAGAAGUCAUUGACCCUAAGCAAAACAAGUUUGUAUUACGUCUCAAUUCUGAGACUUCUGUUUAA